CAGUUUCUCUAGGUGCUGGCAGGGAUUUGUGCUGCCACUGCCUGAGGCUAGGUACUCACCCUCAUAUCCGCAUGCCUCCGACUCCCAUCCCCCAGCCAGGAUAGCGACUGGGUAGGGGGAGGGAUCAGUUUCUCUAGAUGCCGGCUGGGAUUGCACUUUAGCUGCCUGAGAGGAGGUGUGCUGCCUGAUGCGAGGUGCGCAGCAGGAGGUGAAGUGCAAGCCCACACAGACGCCACCGCCAAUUUCCAGACCCCAGCCAGGAUCGCGAUUGUGAUCGAGAUCCGGAGGCGUUGGGGGAGGGAUCCGUUUCUCUUGGCACAGAUCUGGAUUUGUGCUCUGCUGCCCGAGGCACCGGUAGCUGCCGGAAAUGAGCGAUCACGAUGGAGAUCGGGAUCGUUUUGGGGGAGGGUUCAGUUUCUCUUGGCACAGGUCUGGAUUCACGCUGCUGCCGCCCCAGGCACUGGUAGAUGCCGGAAAUGAGCAGCGCGCUCCCGCAGCUGCGCCUGUGCCGCCUGCCUCCGUCGCAGCCAAGUCCCUGUCUGGAUUGCGUUGGGGUGAAGUCCAUUUUUUCCCUGCUGGCACCCAGGAUUCGGGAUUCGCGCAGCCAAUGCUUGAGGCAAGACUCGCCAUGGAUAUGAGGAUGGAGGAUGAAGCUGUCCUGGACAGAGGAGCCUCCUUCCUUAAACAUGUGUGUGAUGAAGAAGAAGUAGAAGGCCACCACACCAUCUACAUUGGGGUCCAUGUGCCAAAGAGCUACAGGAGAAGAAGACGCCACAAGAGAAAGACUGGGCACAAAGAAAAGAAGGAAAAAGAAAGAAUCUCUGAAAACUACUCUGAUAAGUCAGACGUGGAGAAUGCAGACGAAUCCAGCAGCAGCGUCCUUAAACCCCUCAUCUCUCCUGCUGCAGAACGUAUCCGAUUCAUCUUGGGCGAGGAGGAUGACAGCCCGGCACCCCCUCAGCUCUUCACCGAACUGGAUGAGCUGCUGGCCGUGGACGGGCAGGAGAUGGAGUGGAAGGAGACGGCGAGGUGGAUUAAGUUUGAAGAGAAAGUGGAGCAGGGUGGGGAAAGAUGGAGUAAGCCCCACGUGGCCACGUUGUCCCUUCACAGCUUGUUUGAAUUGAGGACAUGUAUAGAGAAAGGAUCCAUCAUGCUUGACAGAGAGGCGUCUUCUCUCCCACAGUUGGUGGAGAUGAUUGUUGACCAUCAGAUUGAGACAGGCCUAUUGAAACCUGACCUUAAGGACAAGGUGACCUAUACUUUGCUCCGGAAGCACCGGCAUCAAACCAAGAAAUCCAACCUUCGCUCCCUGGCUGACAUUGGGAAGACAGUCUCCAGUGCAAGUAGGAUGUUUAUGAACCCUGAUAAUGGUAGCCCAGCCAUGACCCAUAGGAAUCUGACUUCCUCCAGUCUGAAUGACAUUUCUGAUAAACCGGAGAAGGACCAGCUGAAGAAUAAGUUCAUGAAAAAGCUUCCCCGUGAUGCAGAAGCCUCCAACGUGCUUGUUGGGGAGGUUGACUUCUUGGAUAGUCCAUUCAUUGCCUUUGUUCGGCUCCAGCAGGCAGUCAUGCUGGGUGCCCUGACUGAGGUCCCUGUGCCCACAAGGUUCUUGUUCAUUCUCUUAGGUCCCAAGGGGAAAGCCAAGUCCUACCACGAGAUCGGCAGAGCCAUUGCCACCCUGAUGUCUGACGAGGUGUUCCAUGACAUUGCUUAUAAAGCUAAAGACAGGCAGGACCUGAUUGCUGGUAUUGACGAGUUCCUAGAUGAAGUCAUUGUUCUUCCCCCUGGGGAAUGGGAUCCAGCAAUCAGGAUAGAGCCUCCUAAGAGUCUUCCAUCAUCGGACAAAAGAAAGAAUAUGUAUUCAGGUGGAGAGAAUGUUCAGAUGAAUGGGGACACACCUCAUGAUGGAGGCCACGGAGGAGGAGGAGGACAUGCAGAUUGUGAAGAAUUGCAGCGAACUGGACGGUUCUGUGGUGGACUCAUUAAGGACAUAAAGAGGAAAGCACCAUUUUUCGCCAGUGAUUUUUAUGAUGCUUUAAAUAUUCAGGCUCUUUCAGCAAUUCUCUUCAUUUAUCUGGCAACUGUAACUAAUGCUAUCACUUUUGGAGGACUGCUUGGGGAUGCCACCGACAACAUGCAGGGCGUGUUGGAGAGCUUCCUGGGCACAGCUGUCUCUGGGGCCAUCUUUUGCCUUUUUGCAGGUCAACCACUGACGAUUUUGAGCAGCACGGGACCUGUUCUUGUCUUUGAGAGGCUUCUCUUCAAUUUCAGCAAGGAUCAUAAUUUUGACUAUCUGGAGUUUCGCCUUUGGAUUGGCCUGUGGUCAGCCUUCUUGUGUCUCAUUUUGGUAGCCACAGAUGCCAGCUUCUUGGUUCAGUACUUCACUCGCUUCACGGAAGAGGGCUUCUCCUCUCUGAUUAGCUUCAUCUUUAUCUACGAUGCUUUCAAGAAGAUGAUCAAGCUAGCGGACUACUACCCCAUCAACUCCAACUUCAAAGUGGGCUACAAUACUCAGUUUUCCUGUGCCUGUGUGCCUCCUGACCCCGCUAAUAUCUCAAUAUCUAAUGACACCACAUUGGCACCAGAGGACUUGCCAACUAUUUCAUCUACUGACAUGUAUCAUAAUGCUACCUUCGACUGGGCAUUUUUGUCAAUGAAGAAGUGUGUGAAAUACGGAGGAAAGCUCGUGGGGAACAGCUGUGAUUUUGUCCCUGACAUCACUCUCAUGUCUUUCAUCCUCUUCCUGGGCACCUACACCUCUUCCAUGGCUCUGAAAAAAUUCAAAACAAGUCCUUACUUUCCAACCAUGGCAAGAAAACUGAUCAGUGACUUCGCCAUUAUCUUGUCAAUUCUAAUAUUUUGUGUAAUAGAUGCCCUAGUGGGUGUGGAUACUCCAAAACUAAUUGUGCCAAACGAGUUCAAGCCGACAAGUCCAAACCGAGGCUGGUUUGUCCCACCAUUUGGAGGAAACCCCUGGUGGGUGUACCUUGCCGCUGCGAUCCCUGCGUUGCUGGUCACCAUUCUGAUUUUCAUGGACCAGCAAAUCACAGCUGUGAUUGUGAACAGGAAGGAACAUAAACUCAAGAAAGGAGCUGGAUAUCACCUGGAUCUCUUCUGGGUGGCCAUCCUCAUGGUGGUGUGCUCUUUCAUGGCUCUUCCGUGGUAUGUGGCUGCUACUGUCAUUUCCAUUGCUCACAUUGACAGUUUGAAGAUGGAGACUGAGACUUCUGCACCUGGAGAACAACCGAAGUUUCUAGGAGUGAGAGAACAAAGAGUCACUGGAACCCUCGUGUUUAUUCUGACUGGUCUGUCAGUCUUUAUGGCUCCCAUCUUGAAGUUUAUUCCCAUGCCUGUACUGUAUGGUGUGUUCCUGUAUAUGGGGGUAGCAUCCCUUAAUGGUGUGCAGUUCAUGGAUCGCCUGAAGCUGCUUCUGAUGCCCCUGAAGCAUCAGCCAGACUUUAUCUACCUGCGCCACGUCCCCCUACGCAGAGUGCACCUGUUCACUUUCCUGCAGGUGUUAUGUCUAGCCCUGCUCUGGAUCCUCAAAUCCACGGUGGCUGCUAUCAUUUUUCCAGUCAUGAUCUUGGCACUUGUAGCUGUCAGAAAAGGCAUGGACUACCUCUUCUCCCAACAUGACCUCAGCUUCCUCGAUGAUGUCAUUCCAGAAAAGGACAAGAAAAAGAAGGAAGAUGAGAAGAAAAAGAAAAAGAAGAAAGGAAGUCUGGACAGUGACAAUGAUGAUGAGAAAGAUCACCAACAUUCCUUGAACGCCACACAUCAUGCUGAUAAAAUUCCUUUCCUUCAGUCACUCGGUAUGCCAAGUCCUCCUAGAACUCCAGGAAAAGUUGUGCCUCAACUUAGGAUAGAACUUGAGCCUGAAGAUAAUGAUUAUUUCUGGAGGAGCAAGGGAACAGAAACUACGUUGUAACCUGUUCGUCUUUCUUUAAAACUGACAGUUUUUGUUGUUAAUGUUCUGGGGUUUUGUCCAAUUGUUUAUUUUUUAAUUUUUGUUUUGUUUUGGUUUUUGGUCAUUGGCCAAAUAAUACAGUGCUCACUCUGCUUCUCUCUUGCAUAGGUAAAAUCAAGACCAUACUGCACUGUUCCUUAAAAACAUCUGAAGAACCCCCUUUCUUUUCAGACUUUCCGAUGCGUCCUCUGACAACCAAAUUCCUCUGUCACUCAAGACACGCACAGACCCUGUCCUUUUCCUUUAUUAAGCAGAAGGCAAAAGUAUUAGGGAUUUUGUCACACCUUUUAUUAACAUAUUGAAGGAACUUACAACUUUGCUUUAGAGCUGUGCUUACUGGCUUGUCUGUCUGCCUGGUAGAAUAAACCUUGACCUACAGGCAGAGGCUCUUCUUGCUUCUAGAGCUUUCCAGGACUGGAAAAUGUGCCGCGAUGCGAACUUGCUCUUGCUUGUAAGCCCUAAUCUUAGAGUUAUCAAAAGGAGAAAAACUAAAGGUACUUUACUCCCCUGUAGAGAAACUGUUGCCAUCAUUGUAGCAAGUGCUGGAAUAUCCCUUUUUCCUAUGCAACUUUUUUUACCCUUUAAUGAACUUAUCUGUUGAGUACAUUGAAGAAUAUUUUUCUUCGUAGAUUUUGUUGUUUAAAUUAUGGGGCCUAACCUGCAACUUAUUUUUUGUCAACUUUUUAAACUUUUUUUUAAUUACUGUAAAGAAAAUGAAUUUUUUCCUGCAGCAGGAAACCUAGUUUUGAGUAGUUCUACCUCUUAUUUGUAGCUGCCAGGCUUUCUGUAAAAAUUGUAUUGUAUAUAAUGUGAUUUUUACACACACAUACACAUACACACACAGAUACACAGUCUCUAAGGUAAGCCAGAGGGCUGGAUCAGAUUAAAAUCACCAUGUUUCUAAGCAUCCAUUUUUCCCUUUCUUUAAGAGUAAUUUACUGUUCUAUGAAGAGAUUGGGGGAGAAGGGAGAAACUCCUAUGUAAUGGGAAUAACUGAUGUUUUGAUCAUAGGAAUAUCCAGGCAUAGAUGCUGAUUGUAUUACCAUGUCAAUUUCCUAUGCAGUAUUGUUAGACUUUCUUUUUCAUUUUGAAAUAUUUGUGUGUUUGUGUACAUACUCUGUGUGUGGCUGGUGCACAUAUGUGCAGAGUUAGAGAGAGACAGAGUGAAGGUAUGCAGUGGUCAGUUAUCUGGCCCCUGGUGUCAGUUUUCAGAAAACCCAAAUUACAGAUGAAAAACCCAUCAGAAGUCUAAGAGAUUUACCAUUAUGCAAACAAGGCUAAAUAUAUCUUAUUCCCCAGAUGCCUUCACUGAUCCAAGAGCUCAUAUUUACAGUACAAAAUCCAUAGGAAUAUUAAUAGACCAUUGACAUAUCUGUAGUGUUUAUAGGAAUGCAGAUAGAUCUGCAGAGGUAUAUAUAUAUAUAUAUAUAUAUAUAUACACACACACCAUACUGAAAAUUAGAAAAAAGAAAAUUGGGUCUUUAGUAACCAAAUUUGGCAUGUUAUUUAAGUGUAAUCUUUUCAAUAGAUUGCAUUAUGUGUUGUGAAUGAGCAUCAAAAAUAACACUUUAAGUAUUGAAUUCAUAAUUUUUAAUUUAUAUAACCAUAUUUGUGAUAUACCCUAACUGAAGCAGGUUGCUGGAGGACUACCAGAUGCAGGACGAAACCAUUUACUUGGCUUCAAAAUAUGCACAUAGUGACUCCCACUCAUUCUUGUAUUAAUUAUAAGAAUCUUACUAUCCUGAAUUAGCUGUUACUUUUAUAGUUUCUGAUAACCUUAAAACUUUACAUUUUAUACAAAUUAGACAUAAAUGACCUGCAAUUUGUUUUCAUUGAAAUAAAAGCAGCAAAUUACAUGUUGUUAAAAUCUUACACGCCAAAGUUUGGCAUCACAUUUGUAUUCUGAGCUAUCCUUAAAAUGAUUAUACUACCUAGUUUUUCAUUACUCUAGUAUAAAACUAUAUAAGAAAAUUUUCUUUUUUUCUUUACCAAGGGAAGCAUCAAAAAAGUGUUGAAGAGCCAUGCAUAACAAGUUCAGUCUAACCUAUGAUCUUGUUAAAGACAUUUUUAUUCACUUUCAUAAAGGCCCUAGAUGUAAAACUUUGUCUUUCUGAUCAUGAAUCAAGUAUUUCAAGAUCUGUGCCUUUCUCCAUCUCUUUCAAAGAACUCCUGAAGCAACUUAACUCAGUAUUUCAGCCUUUGAGUAGAUCUAAAAGCUAUCUGCACAUCCACUUAUGAUCCAUAUUCUGUGGCAAAAGGUUGAAAUUCAUGAUGUGAAUGCAGAAUAGUACCUUCUGUCUGCUAGAAGUAACAGUUAAUAGCAAGCCUUUGCAAUAACCGGGAGCCCAGGGAAACUUUUUAAAAAUCAUUAGCUUCAGAGGAACAAAAGUAGUUACCAAACAAGCAGAUGAAACCUGAGGUCCAUACAGAGCCACCAGAUCAUCUGCAUUUUAACUGAAUUUACUCGUUGUCUGAGAGCUAACCAGAUUUGGGGGUGGGGUUGUUUCUGUGUAAACUGGACACACAGAAUACAGUACAAUGGUACAUUUUUCAAAAGUGUCAUUCCCCGGUGUGAAUACAGAGACAUGAAACACUCAGGUUGUUAGGACCCCAAGACUAAGUGUGCACUCCGAAGAUGUCAGGCACAAGUCCUGUGGUUGUACAGACUUACUGUUGAAGAGAUCACUAGGCCAAGAGCUGGCCUUAUCAAAGGAGUAUAAAGGCCUCUGGUUUCGCAUUUGAAAGAAAAUCUCUUGGAGACACUGUUUUCCUUGAUAAGGAUCACUCUUCUGUGUGAGACUAGGACUUAGAAUCCUAACUAUUUUCUGUGCCAUAGGCAGUCAUGAUCCUGCCUCUUCUUCUAGUCAUACAGUGGAGUGGAGUGGAGGGUGGGAGAGGAGGCUUAAAGAUGUGCAAAAACAAAAGCAAAACCCUUCUAAGAAGCCCCCACCUCAAGAAAUGGGAGACGGGGAGAAGUGAUUAUCUGCCAUCAGGAAGUCAGUUUGUGUGUGUUUUGCACACGCACCAACACACACAGAGUAAACCUUUAAUCAGCUAUAUAUUGCUGUAUAAUAUAGAGAACAAUUGUCUUCCGAGUUUUGGGUUCUAUUUUUGGUUUUAAACUGUGUUAAAGUACUUGAAAUGUAUUGACUGCUGACUAUCCUUUAAAAACAAAAUGAAACCA